AAAAAACUGUUCGGAGAGCCAAUUUGGUCGCGAACGCCAAUAAUAAUAGUGCUCUGGAUUUUGGACUUUGCGCUCUACUUAGGUGUAUAUACCAAAGUUCAUGCCGGAUUCACAGUCUGCGCUAGAAAAAGGUUCUUUUUGCCAAAAUCGACAUACACCCGACCAGGCUUCUAAAUGUCUUGGGAGAUCGCCGACUUCAUUUCGCAUCCCCUAUGGAUGGUAUCCACGCUCCUGCUGGCCGCGGUUACGCGAGCGCAGCGCAGGGGGCCGUGGGACCCGAGCGCAUGUCCAGUUCGGCUCACGGGUAAAACGGCUAUCGUCACCGGAGCUAACACAGGGAUAGGAAAGUUCAUUGCCUUGGACUUUGCUUGUCGUGACGCAAGGGUGAUCCUGGCAUGUAGGAGUGAGAGUCGCGGGAUGGCCGCACUGAAAGAGAUUCGCCAGCGCAGUGGAAAUCAGAACGUACACCUGAGAAUCAUCGACACCUCCUCCCUCGAAUCGGUCCGCAAGUUCGCUGCUCAGAUCCUUGAGGAGGAGAAAGAACUUCAUAUUUUAGUCAAUAACGCCGGGGUUUCAGGUCUACCCAAGGGAAUCACCUCAGAUGGACUGGAAGUGUCUUUCGCCACCAACCAUAUCGGGCCCUUCCUUCUCACCAAUCUCCUUCUAGAUCUCUUGAAGAAAUCGGCCCCAGCUCGCAUCGUGAAUGUCUCCUCAGCUAACCAUAAGAGAGGCAAGGUCGACUUCUCGCAUUUCCGUGGCGAGAAUUUGACAUGCAUAAUGGACACCGUGUACAACCACACAAAGCUCCACAAUGUUAUCUGGACCAAUGAGCUGGCGCGCAGGUUACAGGGAACAGGUGUGACAGCAAACUCAUUACACCCAGGUAUUGUUAUGACAGAAGUUAUGAGACACUACAACUGGAUUGUGCGAUUAAUCUUCAACAUAGUGGGAAUAUGUUUCUUUAAGUCUGCUAAAGAAGGUGCAGUCAGUACAAUAUAUUGUGCGGUGGCGGAGGAGACUGAGGGGAUCUCUGGGAAAUAUUUUGACAGUGACUGCUCCCUCGUCCUCCCAGCUCCAGAUGCUCGGGACCUAGCCAUUGGAGCUAAAGAAUUUGAGUAUUGUGAGAGGCUGACGGCUAAGCUCUGAAUCACCAGAUAAACAUUACAACUAUUACACAAUUUAUUGUUAUCAUGAAUUAGUACUGUGUAAAUACACUUAAACUAAAACAUACCUUCCUUUUUGUAUGAAUUGUUUUUCCUUGCUCAGUGUCAAAGACUGUGAACUGUGAAGAUUGUGAACUAUCAGAGCCUAUCCUUGAAA